AUGCCGAAGGAGAUUGCUACUUCCAGAGCCCGUUUCAUCGCAAGUGUUCCUGCACAUAAAGCGGAACUGACGAGGCUUCGUCCGGAAGAGUCCUGGAACAGGGGAACUUGGUUUGCAUCGCUAAAGAGCCAUCCCAUACCGCAAUCGCCUGUAGUAUCGAUCCACGCAGCGUCGACAAAACCAGUAGAAGCCCCUGAUAGUGUGUUGGGAACAGAUUGGAUUGGUGCAAAGAUGGGGGGUUUUGGUAGUUGGAGCUGA